AUGGGAAACGAAAGCCCUGACCCGUUAGUGGGUGACCCUUUGACUAUUUCCGAGAGAGAAAGAGACAGUGAACCCAAUGAUAUUGGAGAUGAUGAAGAGAUGCUUCUGUUACAAAUGGCUGGAUCUAACACCGAACCUGUCUCGCCUAAUCUUAAAGCAGUCCUAGAGCAGGGUUCAGAUAUAAAUCGAACAGCUAUCCAGAACCAACCUGCGGCAUCACUUGUACAACGCCCACAGAGCUCUAGCAUCGACCUGACGGCCUUCUCUUUUACCAGACCUACACAGCAUGGAAAGACAUUCACAUUUCAUCCACCAGUUAAGCAAGCUUCAGCCAUUCCCCCACCUCGCAAUAAUAACAUCAUGCAAACGGAGCAAAAUAGAACCAGGAAGCCCGAUCGUACCAUUCAAAACCACCAGUCAAAACACGUUGCUUCUCGGUCGAAUACUAUGGAAAGCAACUCGAAUCGCCAAACCACAACAGCCUCUUCUUCAUCUCCGGGAGCUCCUGCACAAGAGUUAGAGGCUGUGGAUAGUAAAAUAGAACCUGCCGCUAGAAUAGACAAUGUCCUUACCUCCAAUGUUCAUCCGUCGGAACACAGUCAAGCACAAUGUGAAGGAACCGCCCUUUUUCCGUCCGUUACAAAUGGUCAACUUCUAUCACCGGAAAAUGAGCCACAAGUUUCGAAGCAUCGUCGAACGAGUGGAAAAAAGAUCACCUCAAAACAGCCCGCCUUUGUGCUUGGUAACAGCAAUGCAGCAGACCUGUCUGAGGAGGACCUAGUUCAACUCCUUUUUGCCAAGAUGAAAGCCCGAGAAGACAAUGACGCUGUGGCUUCCAGUGAGAAAGAACAAAUGGAGGUCCAUGUUUCACAGCUUAUGCAAGACAAUCUCGCCUUGAGAAGCCAACUCGACAUCCUCAGUAAUGAGAUACAGCAGAAGGCUUCGGAGUCCAGAGCGUACAAAACUCAAAUAGAGGCUUGGAAGGUGAAAAUAGCAAAGUUCAAAUACAUCCUUAACGAGCUGGGUUCUGGUUACAAAGCACUUCGCGUGGAAACAAUUCAGCUUAAACUGACAAGAGCAUCACUAGAUAAGGACAAAACGGAAAUAAAAGGCACAAUUGCUGAUACAAGGGAGCAGCUGUUUCAAGCUUCUAGUAGUGUUGAGAAGAGUCAAAGUUAUCUUGUCGAAUCACAAACUUUUAUCAAUUCCAUGAAGCAAGCUUUGAAGAACGCAGAGGAAAAGACAAGCUCUGUUCAGGAGCGUUUAUCCGAUGAAAAGAAAAGAUCGGCCUUGUUAGAGACGUAUAUACAAGACAACUCACGUCUUCAGGCGAAAAGGAUAGGCCUGAUCAGGGCUGACCAGCUCGAAAUGCUUAAAAAGCUUGAUUCUGGAUUUGGAACCGUGACAAAGCAAGUUGAUAUAUCUCAAGCAUCUGUACAAUCAAUCAUGAAACAAAUACGAGAAGAGUUUCAGAAAUCAUUUAUGUGCUUGGGCGAGAACCGUUCCCAAGAAAGGUUGGACAUUGAGCAGUGUAACGCGACUGUUCAAGAGUGUUCAUCUCAAAUUAAGUCCCUCACGGAAGAGUUGACAGCGGUCAUCGACAAAAACUCUAAGAUGAAUGGAGAUAGGACACAGCUUCUAACAGAGCAGCUCGAGUCUGUUCGGGAAAAUGUGGGAACUGAAUCUGCCUUACUCAAACGGCUCGCUGCAAAUGAAGUUACAUGCAUCAGCCUAUAUGAGAGGCUCGAAGCUUGUGCACCAAGCAUCGAUAAACUCCGUACUUUCUUGGAAAGUGCUCAGAAGAAAGAGAAUAGCCUCGCUCAGCAACUGGAACAUCUUGAAACCCGACUCUCUGAGUUGCAAACCACAGAAACAACCGAGCCUACAGCCGCAGAAAUUAAAGAAAGAGCUGAACUUGAACUUAGGUUACAACAAUUGUCAGAUGAGCUGAGAACUACCGACGAAAGUCUCAGGAGCAGAGCGACUGAAAAUGAAGAGAUGAGGCUGUCAUUGCUCGAAGCCGUUACGAAGGGCCAGGAAGCAGAAGCCCGCGCAAACAGGUUCGAAUCAGAGACAAUCGUACUACGAGACGAAGUGAAGGCCAUAGAGUCCAAAAUCCGCGAGGAGCUCAAUAGAGCCAGCGUCAUUUCUCGAGAUCAACAUAGAGUCAAGUAUGAACAACAAAUUCAUGAAUUGUUAAGAGAGAAGGGCGAAAUGCGUAAGAGUGUUGAAAAAGUCCAGAAUGAAUUAAUGGAGGCGCAAAAAGCACUAGUAUUAGCAAAAGAUGAACAGAUAAAGGCCCUCGAAAGCAACUGUAUGGAGAAAGAAAUCUCACUUGCGGAGCAAACUGCGGAGGUCGACCGACUUCGGGAGAAGGAAGCAUCGAUCGCAACGCAGAUGUCAUGCAUGCAAAGACAGCUCCAUGAAGCUAACGAAAAAUCUGUCGGCCUUGAAAGGGAGAUCAUUGUGGCCAAGGAAGAGGGCAGUGUAUCCUCUAAGCUGUUACAAGACAAACUUGACAUACUUCAGAAAAGCCUCCUAUCGAAAGAAGAAGAGUGCACAAGAAUCCAGAAGGAGCUCUCAGUGGAAACAUCAGCCAGGUUAAGCCUCGAGGCUGGUAAGUCGAAGGCGAAAUCCGAGAUACACACUUUGCUUCGGCGAGUGCAAGAUUCGGAACACUGGGUGAAAAAAAUUAAAGAAUCACUUGAUCAGGUGGAUACUAUAUCACCAAAGGAACCCUUCUCUGAAACUUGGAACAGGCUGGUAGCGCUCCUACAGCCAGUGGGAGGGAAGAACAGCUCAGAUGCUACUAUAUGGACUGAACCUACGGAUGGGGGUACCUUUACUUGCCGCGAUGCUAACGAUGCCAAAAGUACAUCCAUAACGCCCCAGGGAAGUUGCGGGCCCUCAGAAAACGACGUUGUCCAAACUACAGAGUUUAUCUAUCGUACACAGAGUUUCCAGAGAAGCGUACAUUCCUCUCCGGUGAAUGAGGGUCUAAAAGCUAGGAGCGUCGGAGUGGCUGAUGUGAAAUUACCAUGCAUCCCGGACUCACAACAGUCGAACAGCAUUGUACCAUUCUCAAGCGUUCGACAACUAUCCCCGGUAUGCUCAAUAUCCGACCAAAUUCCGAUUGACUUUGCAGCCAUGCUAGUUUCGACAACGGACGAAAAUAUUGUUAACGAAAAGCCUGAUGACCGAGUGUAUCCAAAUGGGGGCUGUCCAGUGGCAGCCAGCCCUGCUGAGAAACAGGAUGUCACAAGAACGGAGGACACAAAAGUACAGUCGAGAGAAAGCACUCCAUUGGAAAGCAAGGACCAACAUCCUGGUGCUAGCCAGCCAGUUAGCCAGCUUCCUCACAUCCCGGAAGAGGUGAAAAACUCCACGGUAACACCAAAAACAGUCUCAUUUGAAGCGCACAGUCCAUCGAGAAGCAGAGAAAAGCGUAAGGCUCCGGACUCUGAAAACUGCCAUGAGCAGAAGGAUACAUCGCAAAUGCCGCUACCUGGCCGAACGCACCGAAGAACCUAUAGUAGGAACCGGCAGACGCCUGAAGUGCGCAGCCAAGAGCAGUUCGCGCAUCAGAAUUACUUGUCUCCUUCAAGUAGUAAAACCUUGGACCACGAGAGCGCUGAAAGACCAGACUCCGCCAUCAAAAGAGCUAGGGUCCCAACCUCACCUCAACCAAGACGCCUGACAAGAGCUGAUUCUAGGUGCUUUGAGCGCAAGACAAGUCCUACAAGUCUCGCGUCUGGUAGCAGUCGGCACUCUUCUAUGAAUGGCAACCGCCCCAAUAAUCAAAGGUGGCCAACACGUGGAGGAAGAAGAACAAGAGCGCUCGGUUCAACAGACAAAUGUGAAGUUUGUUUUGAAACCAGACAUCUUUCUUCAUUAUCUAUAUAG